AUGGCAGAUACUUUUCACCGUGAAGGUCGUGGGAGUGGGAUGAUGCAGCAUUACCGGCAGCAGCAGUCCGAUUCCCCGUGGGCGAACCAGGCGGUGAAAGCGGUCACUGCAGCAACCGCCGGUGGCUCACUCCUCGUUCUCGCAGGUCUGACGCUUGCCGGGACGGUAAUUGCACUUACAGUGGCUACUCCACUACUGGUAAUAUUUAGUCCGGUACUGGUGCCGGCGAUGAUUACCGUGUUUCUGUUGGCUACCGGGUUUUUGACGUCCGGAGGAUUUGGUAUUGCGGCUGCGACUGUGUUGUCGUGGAUGUACAAGUACGUGACCGGUGAACAUCCGACGGGGGCGGACUCAUUGGAUCAGGCCGCGCACAAGUUGGGUUCUAAGGGUCGAGAGAUCAGAGACAGGGUGGAGCAUGCCGCCGGAGGUGGUGGCCAUGCCACUGGAGGAGGUCAUUACACGAGUUAA